GUUGGUGGAACAAAAGCUGGAGUUGUGCGUUUCUUGGGAGAAACGGACUUUGCUAAAGGAGAAUGGUGUGGAGUAGAACUGGAUGAACCUCUGGGAAAGAAUGACGGAGCCGUUGCUGGAACAAGGUAUUUUCAGUGUCAGCCAAAAUAUGGUUUGUUUGCUCCAGUCCACAAAGUCACGAAGAUUGGAUUCCCCUCAACUACACCAGCAAAAGCAAAGACAACUGUGCGGAAAGUGGUUGCGACUCCCACAGCCCUGAAACGUAGUCCAAGCGCAUCUUCCCUGAGCUCUCUCAGUUCUGUGGCAUCUUCAGUAAGCAGCAAGCCAAGCCGUACAGGACUAUUGACAGAAACAUCCUCCCGGUAUGCAAGGAAAAUUUCUGGUACCACAGCCCUGCAGGAGGCACUGAAGGAGAAGCAGCAACACAUUGAACAGCUCCUGGCAGAAAGGGACCUGGAGAGGGCAGAAGUUGCAAAAGCAACCAGUCACGUAGGGGAAAUAGAGCAGGAAUUAGCUCUUGUUCGUGAUGGACAUGAUCGGCAUGUGCUGGAGAUGGAAGCAAAAAUGGACCAGCUACGAGCUAUGGUGGAGGCUGCUGAUAGGGAGAAAGUGGAGCUUCUCAAUCAGCUUGAGGAAGAGAAAAGGAAAGUUGAAGACCUUCAGUUCCUUGUGGAAGAAGAAUCCAUUACCAAAGGAGACCUAGAGCGAAAGAGGCAGAUUUCGGAAGACACAGAAAAUACGCAGACCAAACUGGAGCAUGCCCGCAUUAAGGAGCUUGAACAGAGCCUGCUCUUUGAAAAGACCAAAGCUGACAAACUCCAGAGGGAGUUAGAAGACACUAGGGUGGCCACGGUAUCAGAAAAAUCUCGCAUCAUGGAACUAGAAAGAGAUCUAGCAUUGCGGGUGAAGGAAGUAGCUGAGCUUCGAGGGAGAUUAGAGUCUAGUAAACACAUUGAUGAUGUGGACACUUCUCUUUCACUGUUACAAGAAAUAAGUUCUUUGCAAGAAAGAAUGGCAGCAGUUAGCAAAGAACAUGAGAAUGAGAUGAAUUCACUGAAAGAGAAGUUUGGAAUUAGUGAAGAAGCAUUGCAGAAAGAGAUCAAGUCACUUUCAGCUUCAAAUGAGAGAAUGGCAAAAGAAAAUGAAUCCUUGAAAACUAAGCUUGAUCAUGCCAACAAGGAGAAUUCAGAUGUAAUAGAGCUGUGGAAAUCAAAGCUGGAAUCUGCAAUUGCCUCCCAUCAGCAAGCAAUGGAAGAACUAAAAGCUUCUUUCAGCAAAGGUGUAGGGGCUCAGACAGCAGAAUUUGCAGAGUUAAAGACUCAGAUUGAGAAGAUUAAAUUAGACUAUGAAAAUGAAAUGUCAAAUUUAAAACUGAAGCAGGAAAAUGAAAGAUCUCUUCAUUUAAAAGAGAUUGAAUCACUGAAAGCAAAACUGUUGGCAGUCACAGAGGAGAAAGAGCAAAACCUGGAAAGCCUGAAGACCAAACUGGAAAGUGUGGAAGAUCAGCAUCUAGUAGAAAUGGAAGACACUUUAAACAAAUUACAGGAAGCUGAAAUAAAGGUAAAGGAGCUAGAGGUACUGCAAGUCAAGUACAAUGAACAAACCAAAGUUAUUGAUAGUCUUACACCACAGAUCAAAGCUGCUGAAGAAAAGCUUUUGGACCUUGCUGCACUUCAGAAAGCCAAUUCUGAAGGUAAAUUGGAAAUCCAGAAACUUAGCAAGCAGCUUGAGGCAGCUGAGAAACAAAUUCAGAAUUUAGAGACUGAAAAGGUUGAUGAAAGUAGCAAGGCUAGUAAUCUGGCCAAAGAACUGCAGGGCAAAGAGCAAAAGCUUCUUGACCUUGAGAAAAACUUGAGUGCAGUAAAUCAAGUAAAAGAUUCUUUGGAAAAGGAACUUCAAGUUUUGAAAGAAAAGUUUACUAGUGCAGCUGAUGAAGCAGAAAACGUUCAACAAACUAUGCAAGAAACACUAAAAAAACUAAAGCAAAAAGAAGAGCAGUUUGCACUCAUGUCUUCAGAACUGGAAGAGCUGAAGUCUAGUUUGACUGUGAUGGAGAAGAAAUUGAAGGAGCGAGAAGAGAGAGAACAGCAACUGAUGGAAGCUAAAGCCAAGCUUGAAAAUGAUAUUGCAGAGAUCAUGAAGUCUUCAGGAGACAGCUCUGCCCAGCUUACGAAAAUGAAUGAUGAGCUCCGGUUAAAAGAAAGGCAGUUGGAGCAAAUACAACUUGAGCUUACAAAAGCAAAUGAAAAGGCUGUUCAGCUUCAGAAAAAUGUGGAGCAGACAACACAGAAAGCUGAGCAGAGUCAGCAAGAAACUCUCAAGAUUCAUCAAGCAGAACUGAAAAAUAUGCAGGAUCAACUAACAGACAUGAAAAAGCAGAUCGAGACUAGUCAAAAUCAAUAUCAGGAUCUUCAGGCAAAGUACGAGAAAGAAACUUCUGAGAUGAUUGCUAAACAUGAUGCAGAUAUCAAAGGGUUUAAGCAGAACCUGCUGGAUGCAGAAGAGGCACUGAAAAUUGCGCAAAAGAAAAAUGAUGAGUUAGAAACACAGGCUGAGGAGCUGAAAAAGCAAGCAGAACAGGCCAAAUCCUUAAGCUCUGUGUUAGCAUCAGCCAGAAAAGAGAUUGAACUAAUGUCAGACAAGAUGAGGGGUUUGAUAUCAGAAAAAGAGACUCUGGCACAGGAGGGGAGUACUUUAAAAUUAGAGAGAGACUCCUUGUUAUCAAAACUUGCAGAAUUGGAAUCAAAGAUUUCAUUAAUGCAACAAGACCAAGAAGAACUUUGGACAAUAAAUGAAGAACUUAAUUCAGAAAAUAAAAAAAUCCUAAAGCAGAAGGAAGAAGCUGAGGCCAAAAGCCAGCAGGAAAGCACAGAAAAAAUGGCACUAAUUUCUGAGAAAAGCAAAUUACUCUCUGAAAUAGAGGCAACACAGGCAGAGCUUCUGAAGAUAACUCAAGAAAAUGGUGCUCUCCGGUCUUCAGAGUCAGCCUUGCUCCAACAGUUGAAAGAACUUCAGGGCAACAAAACUGCUAUGGAUGUGAUAUGUCAGAAACAUAUCAAAGAACGGGAAGAACUGCAGCAUUAUCAGAAGAAACUUUUGGAAGAGAAAGAUGCAAUUGUUAAAUACAAAGAUGAUGUUAUUCAGAAGCUGGAAAGUUCUUGUGAGGCCCUGACCAGAGAUCAAAGAGAGCUACUGCAAAAAGUGUCAACUCUGACUGCAGAGAGAAAUUCAGCCCUAGGUAAACACUCAGACCUUGAAAAUACACAUAUAGCCUUAAAAAAUGAAAUGGACAGUCUGCUGCAGUCACAUCGGAGUCUGCAGGCUGAGAAGGAACUUGCUGAGAAAGUCUUUACUGAGAAAAUAAACAAACUGAACGUAGAAAAGGAAUCUGUUCUUCGUAAGUCGUUGCAAUUUAAAAAGCACAAUGAAGUUCUUCUUCAAGAGAAGAAUGAAUUGGAGAACAAAUACGCAGAGCUUCUCGAUGAAAACAAGUCUUCUGCAAAUGCAAUUUCUUAUAUGAAGAGAGAACAUGAACUGGAGGUCUCAGCCAAGAGAGCUCUGGCCCAGGAGAAUACCAUGCUCCAAGAUUCCAUUGAAGCCCUCAAGGAAGAACUAAGUAAGAAGACUCAAGAAAAUCAAGAGCUAAUAGCCUGUAAGCGUGACCUUUCAGAUCUUCUGAAAGAGGCCCAGGAUGCUAAAAGAACAUUAGAAAAUGAACUGGCUGCUGUGUCAGAUGCCAAGCAGGUCCUGUCAUCUUCAUUCACAACCUGUUCCUCUGAUAGGGAAAUGCUGACCAGAGAGAGGACUGAAUUGCAAGAUAAGUGUCAGAAAUUAAAUGCAGAGGUUGAGAUUAUGAAAGAAAACUUAACCAUAGAAAAGGAAGCUAGAAAACUGGACAAGGAAUCAUUUUUGUUGGAACGUAUGGAACUUCAAAGCAACAUCAGCUUCUUGGAGAAGGAGAUAGAAGAACUGAGAGAGAAAAAUAAAGACUCGCUGACUGAGAAAGAACUUUUAGUUCAGGAGAAAGAAAAAUCUGAAACUAAACUGGCAGAAGUAAUUAAAGAAAAUGAAACCCUCUGUGCAGAGACAGAGCAGCUUGCUUCCAGUAUCGAACGACUGAAGAGUGACUUUGCUUCCUUGUCUAAAUCCAAAGCAGAGCUCCAGGACUUGCACAGCUGUGUCUGUGAAAGGCUGGAUGAUCUUCAAAACAGUCAUGAGGUGAUGGAGAAGGAGAGAAUAAAGUUACUUCAGGAAAAUGACAGCCUGCUUGCUGAACAGAGGAGUCUGGUCAUCGUUAAGGAAGAGACACUAAAAGAGAAGGAGAAAUUCUCCAAAGAUUAUUAUAAACUGCACGAGGUAGUAGCACUUUUAGAACAAACUAAUAGUGACCUUUCAGGCAAAUUGCUGGUGUCUCAGGGCAAAAAUGAGGUGCUGCAGGAGGAGAUGAACAAUCUGGCCUUGAAACUAAAAGAAAUUGAGACUCUCCAGGCCCAAACAGUAGCAGAAAAAAUAGAGGCUGCCAAAAUGGCAGAAGAUGUGUUCCAGACUGUGGAGAAGGUGACCAAAGAGAAGGAUGCCAUUCACAAAGAAAAGAUUGAAACUUUGGCCUCUUUGGAGAACUCUAGACAGACAAACGAGAAGCUACAGAAUGAAUUGGACAUGCUUAAACAAAACAACCUGAAAAAUGAAGAGGAACUUAAUAAAUCAAAAGAGCUUCUAAAUCUGGAGAACAAGAAAGUGGAAGAACUUAAGAAAGAAUUCGAAGCGCUGAAGCUGGCAGCAGCUCAGAAGUCCCAGCAGCUUGCAGCUUUGCAAGAGGAGAACGUGAAACUUGCCGAGGAGCUGGGCAGGAGCAGGGACGAAGUCACAAGUCAUCAGAAGCUGGAAGAGGAGAGAUCAGUACUCAAUAACCAGUUAUUAGAGAUGAAAAAGAG